CGUUCGCAAAUUGAAGAUGCUAUGUCGCCUACUUCUCCUGUUUUUUAUCGCUCAAUGUGCAUUUGGUUUGAGCACGAAACUAUCCAGCGAUGAACAAUCCGAUUUAGUCGAAAAAGCUAAUAGUCGGAAAAGGGGAUCCAAUCCAAACUCGAUUUGGGCGGUAAUUGGAAGCGGCGCGGUCGCGUCGCGGUUAGAACUCAAUUUCCUUUAACAUGCUUAAUUUUCAAAAAUAAAUCGAGACCGCGACGCGACCGCACCGCAUCACUUGAAACUUUAAUACAGAACAAGUUAAAACUGAAGCAACUUGAGACAAUUUGAACGGGGUCUCAAGUUGUUUGAGAGGAAAACUCAAAAUUCUCUAACAGGCUGAGUCUCUUAGUUGGAGUUAUUUGCAAAAUUUCGCGACCGCGACGCGACCGCGACGCACGACUCAGAUUUUCAAAUUUUUAGAACUAGUUGAUAUUAGUGUCAAAUCGAACGAAUUUUGAAGAAAAACUCAAAGAUUGUGGUUUCAAAGUUUGACAACUCAAUCAGCACGUCUUCCAUAAUUGGACCGCGACGCGACCGCAACGCGACUGCAACGCAUCAAGCUAAAACUUGAAUUGAAACGUUAAAAAAUGUCAUGUUCUUUCAGUAUUUUGACGCCGAACUCGAGAUUAGAUUGUUGAAAAUGACGUGCGAUGUAUUGAAGGACACAGGGUCGAAAUUGGUCAUUUUCGAUGAUGGAGCACAAAAUAGCCUUAAUCAGGAUUCCACUAAAAUUGCCUGUGUAAAGAAUGACUGCAUUCUGAAUGGAAAACAAGUUGAGGAAAUUUGUAUUUCCGAGAGCCCACCAAAAACCACAACAACUCCGGCACCUGUCCCCACUACUACUACUACUGAACCAUCUGGAGCUUCCCAACUCGCGGCACUAUCUUCCGGACUGCUUAUUUUAGGUGUUUUUCUACAGUUGAAUUCGACUUCCCCAGACCAUUUUUAAAUUCCGAUUAUGCGGGCUCAUUGGGCACCAAAAGAAAAACCACACUAGAGAGUAUUAAAGCAAUACCAAGAAAAAUUAUUGGAGCGGCCUAAUAAACUAAUAAAGGCAUAAUAA